AUUUUUAUCAGUAGUUACUUCCGUAUGUGUUGUUAGGCACAAAAUGUAAACAAAUAUUAUGUGCUUCUGUUGUGCAAGAAUAGCAUGUGAAAUGUAUAUAUAAAAUGGGUUUGUCAGCGAAAAAUAAACACUUAAAUGGAUACAGUUACAUAGCUUAAUACAGAAAGUUUUUUCUUCUUGACACCUAGUUAUUGCUAGGCCGAUUUAAAAUUGUUGAUAUUGAUAAUCCGUUCGUCCUCCCAGGCUCUCGUACCGCCUUGGAAAAAUAAAUAUACUGUAGUGCUUGCCUGAUAUAAUUUUAAUCUAACAUGCGCGGAAGAGGUAGAGGAGGAAGGGGCCGUGGGAGAGGGAGAGGAAGAGGUCGAUCUGCAGGCAGAGGACGAGGUCGAUCUGCAGGCAGAGGACGAGGUCGAUCUGCAGGCAGAGGAAGAGGUGGAGCAGGUUUUAGGUCAAGGUCUCGUAUCAGUAAUGGUAGUGACCAUGAAGAAACUAAUACUGUAACUGAUCUUGAUGUGGAUAAAGAGGUGACAGCUUAUUUUGUUGGGAGUGUGUCAGCUGACCAGCAUUAUCAGGGUCAGACACAGAAUAGAGACAGGUAUGCUGCAGGCAUGGCAGUACUGGAGAAAAAUGGUGUUGAAAUUGCCUUGAAUGCUAGAGUAAGAGCAUUGGCAGCAGCCUGGGCGAGACAGGACUAUGAUCUGGCAGAUGCUUUCCUUCAGAACAAGGAAUCAUUUGGGCUUAAUGAGGUUCUUAAAGCACUGUCCCUGUUGGACUCUGGGAGGCAGGUUCGAGUCCUGGAAAAGAAAAUGAAAAGGCUACAGAUGUCAGCUGGAAAGGUCAAACCACAGACCAUGGGGAAAUUGAAGUCAGAUAUUGAUAACCUGAAUAAAAAUAAACCCAGUAAUGGUACAGCUAGUGGAGCAGUAUGUAAACACAUACAGAAGUGGGUAAAGAGGUUCACGAAGGAGGAAUUGGAAUUUUAUGCCCUACAUUUCCCCAAGGAACCUUGGAAGAAACUGGCUGAUAUUUGCCAUUUUCACCCAAAGAAGGACUUUGCUGCACUCGACUGGUUUCUGGAGUUUUGUUACGGGACACCAGCACCCGAGGACACACUUGUACACAGAUGUAAAGAAGUUAGUCCAGAUAACGUGAAUGAGCUGUUGAAGGAGUUUGAAAUUCCGUAUGCCCAUAUAAGGUCAAAAGUUCCUGAUUCUGAUAAACUGACCGAGGAGUCAAAGGCAAGGAUAGCUUCGUACGAGAGCAAGCUGGAUACAUUACUGUGGUACUAUGAAUAUCUUGGAUGUACUGAAGUUGAUAAAGUUAUUCAGAAAAGACUUAAAGCAGGGGAGACAAUUACACUGCCAAAUGGAAAAUUAUUGGAGAGGUUACUCUUCCUGAAAUUACACCGCUAUAAAAAGGAAGUUGAUGAGUGGGGCUUUGAAAUAUUCGGGGAAACAGAGAAGGAUAGAGUUUUAGAUGAAACAAAGGCACCGUUCUUUAAAGAUCUCCUGCCAUUAGCUCAGGACAAAAUGAGGGAUAUAAGUUUGUCAUUGGAGUCUCCAAUCGUUGUCAUUGGUGAUGCAUCAGGCUCUAUGGAGGUAGCUAUCAAGACAAGCUCAAUAAUUGCUGGUCUCUUAACUGCAAUUACAUCUGCCAAGUUGUGUUUCUUUGAUGAUGAAAACAGAUUUGCUCCAUAUCUUCCUCAGACUAUUGAAGAGGUUCUUCAGCUGGCUGUUGACACUCUUGCUAGAGGGGGGACAACUCCAGCUGCCAGUCUGUGGCCAUUCUAUGAGAAGAAGGAGGUGGUGAAGACGUUUAUUAUUGUCACUGAUGAAGAAGAAAAUGGAACAUACCAUGAUUAUAGUUUCCAUGAAUUAUUCAAGAAGUAUUACGAAGAAGUGUACCCCGCUAAGCUGGUUUUUGUAUCGUUUUUUGAAUACCAGCAAAGUAAAGGUUUUAUGGUGCCUAAACUUGAACAAUUAGGGUUUAAACCUCUGCGCUUUGUCUUUGACUUAUUUCGUCCAGACCUUACAAAAUUAGACAAACUGUUCGGUUUGUUGACAACAGAAACAUCAAAUUUUAGUGAUCAAGUAAGAGAUAUGGAAAAUACUAUAAAGACAAAAGGUGUGGCUAAAGCGUUUGAAACUGUCAGUGUUGUCAAAGAUUGAUGGCAUUUCUUCGAACAAAUUUGACAAUAUUAUAGGCAAUUGGAUAAUUGUGACUGUUUUGUUGAUAACAAGAAACUAAGAAAAUAUUAUAUGACAUUGGAUAGUUUGAAAAAAGAUAUUUAUGUGAUUAAAAAUAGCAGCAUUUUCUGUUCUUUGUUAAUUUGAUCUGUUGUUUUGUAGACAAAAAAGAGCUACAUUUUUGACAAUGAAUAUGUAAGGACAUUUCAGCAAACAAAAAGUAGCUACAUUUAUAUAGGUAAAUUGUUUUGAGAACAAAGAGAAGCCACACUUAUGUCAUUGAUUUGUUUUGAGAUCAAAACGCAAACAUUUGCAAUAUUUAUGCCCGUAAAGUGCUUUAAGAACAAAGAGAAGCGUCUUCUGUGUCAUUAAAUUGUUUUGGGAACAAUAAGUAGCAAUAUUUUCUGCUAAAGGAAAAUGUUAUACUGCUAAAUAAAUCUGUCCACAUCUGAUUCUUUUGAGUGACUAUAGUGUAAUCACAGGACAGAUAUUUGAUAUUUAAAUUAUUGAAAUAUGUAAAUAUAUUUGAAUAUCUGCUGAGACAGAUGUGUUUUUGACAAGGGAAACAUAUAUUUUUAUUUUCCUUACGAUCAGCUGACCGUAGUCGUUAUCAAGUGAUAUUGACUUUUUGAUAUUUAAAUUUUAUAUAAUAUUAUACUUGAUUAUUUAUAAUAAUUAUGAUAUAUUGUUAAAUAUAAGACUAGUCUUUUUAUACAUAUCACUAACAUAGAUUAUAUUCAUUUUAUUUAUAUGUCUUUCCAAGUACAACAUUUUAUUAGUUUGUAUUUUUUUUUAAAUUUUAUUUUUACACACUUACACAUGCUACAUAAUGAUUAUGCUAUUUUUUAUGAAUUUAUAUUUUAUAUUGUAAACGUACAUUACAAAGUGCAUUUUUAAGAUAUUUAAGAUUGAUUAUGUAUAUUUCAGUUGAUAUUUUAUAUGCCGUAAAUGUAAGAAUGAUUUUAGUCAUAAGCUGAUAUUUCUAUGUUUGCAGUUGACGUGUUGAUAUCUAUAUAUACUUGUUAAGAUUAUAAAACGAUUACAUUAAAUGUACUACUUAAUAACAUAAUAAAUUUGACAAACUCC